UUAGGGUCUGAAAUGACCUUGGAAACAGAAAACUUAUUGUGAACGAGAAUAGCUACACCCCGCAACUUACUAGGGAAAGUAGAGUGGUAAAGCUGGCCUACCUAGCCCCUUUUGAUCUUUAGGUGGUCUGCUGGCCUAAGGUGAGUUUCUUGAAUAAAAGCUACUUUGGUAUUUAAAUGUUUCAAGUGAUUAAGAAUUUUAUUAGGCUUUACCUGUGAAUUAAGCCCUUUAACAUUCCACCUGGUGAGUCUUAGUGCACCACUAGGUGCUUUUGUUUUGCUCAGUGAAGACAUAAAACACUGUUAUAAACAAAGUGACCACCCCCAACAACCAGCAUCCCUUGCUUGUAACACAUUAGGACGAAAAAGUUUACACCCAAUCAGUGACAAAUGUAAGUGAAAAAUAAAACAACCUAAACCCACCCCUAAACCCUGUUCCAAAAGCUUCCAAAAGUUCAGCAUCAGGAAACACUUUACCAUUUUAAUCAGAAAACUCCUAGACCUCCCUACAUUGGGCAACAAAACGUCAUGAACAUAUUUAUACCAAAAUUGUUGGAUACCACAGUCGAUUGUGUAAACAAUUGACUAAGUAGUCAAUUGACAGUACACAAUCAUGGAGUAUAAUAGAUAGAACACUAAUAAUAAAAAGCAGAAGCAUUUUAAAACUAUGUGCAGAAGUCAGGUGGACUGUAGAAGAAAUGGACGUUAUCGUAAGUGCUACAAUGUCUUUUGUAGCUGAGAUGUUCCACAAAUAUCAAGAACACUUUAUCAAAAAGUUAGCGUUUAGACUAAAAUAAAGUACCUAAAAUAAAAAUACCUUUUACAUUUGCCCAUUUAAAUUACCAUUACUGAAAUGUGGUUAACCAUACCAGCUUUUAUGCCAAAGGAGAGGAAAAAAGGCCAGAGAAAACUAAAAAGACCGGCAAACUGGCAAAUAAAUGAGGGCAAGUUGACACCAAAGUAAAACAAAUGUCCAUCAACUCCAUUCCAUGUCCAGUAUUUCAACAUAAACCUUUCUGUGUCAAGACUCCGAACAAAGUUAUUGGCUUCAAUAGUAAACAGCAACCAUUUCUUCUCACUGUUUGAAAGUGUAAUGCACAGUCUGGCUGGGAAUAGAUGAGCAAGCUUGAAUAUUUGUAAAGUUACAACAUAGUGUCUUUGAACUCGGCAUGCAGCUUCAGAACGCCAGGGCUGUAAUCCUCGAAGAUCCAGAUCCUGUGUCCUUUAUACGCCUUUUUUGCAAGACUUGUGAAUGACCAUAUCCUUAACUUGAAAGAGCUGAAAUCGUAAUGGGACAGGUCGCGGUCUCUGCCCCGGGGCAGGUUUGGGCGCAAGGUUUCGGUGAGCUCUGUCCAUCUCGGGUGGUGAAGAUAGAACCUGAGGGCCAAGAACCUCAAGGAGCUGGGAGAAGAAAGUUGUUUGAUGCCGACCCUCAAUGAACUCCGGUAAGCCCACAAUACAUCCUGCCAUCAGCUACGACCCUCAAGGUAUGAAACGUUAGCCCGCAGCCACUCAUUAUCUUUUUGGAGCAAAGAACAUGUGGCCUCAAGCUACUCGAGACAUUGGCCCACCCGCUAGACUUGAGGGAUCCGAUGCGUUGAUCAUGAUCUGCAACCAAGGAUUUUAUAUUGUCCAGCUUUGUUGCCAAGCUCUCGAAGAUAGGCUCUGAGCUCGUCAUGCAGGGUGCUGAUUUCAGCUAACGUUACACUGGCCCCAGACGAUGAAGUGUCUUCUCGGUCCUUUUCCACCUUUUUGCCCCUUCCCUUAGACAUUUUGUGUGAAAUAAAAAUUCAAGAAACUGUUAACAAACAAAAGCUCCCUGAAGAAAACUAAAAAUAGUAAGGUUUAAAGAGAAGCAAGUGAAAAGUUAGAGGGAGCGGGUUGCGCACACGUCGUCUACUCGGGUGCCAUAAACGGAAGUCCUUUUCUGUUUCUCUUAAACAGAUUUUCCAAGUAGCAGAGAGUGUGGACAGGAGUUGGUGGAUAGUGUGAAGAUUCUAUCAAGGCGUUCCUCAUCUCGAUUACCAUGGAGACGGGAGCCGAUGCCCAACAGGGCGCAGAAACUGCUGUCUCUGAGACUGAGUGCCAUCAGUUCACCCAGGCUCAAAUCGCCACUCUUGCACAGGUGACAAUGUCUGCAGGACAUGGUAGCGCCACAGCACCCACAGUCACACUGGUGCAGCUGCCCAAUGGUCAAACGGUGCAGGUUCAUGGAGUAAUCCAAGCUGCUCAACCUUCAGUCAUUCAGUCGCCACAGGUGCAAACUGUCCAAAUUUCCACUGUAGCAGAGAGUGAAGACUCGCAGGAGUCAGUGGACAGUGUGACUGACUCUCAGAAACGGAGGGAGAUCCUUUCUAGGCGGCCCUCGUAUAGGAAAAUCCUAAAUGACCUGUCAUCAGACACCCCAGGAGUUCCAAGAAUCGAAGAGGAGAAAUCUGAGGAGGACGCUGCACCUGCCAUCACAACAGUGACUGUGCCAACCCCAAUAUAUCAGACCAGCAGUGGCCAGUACAUUGCCAUUACGCAGGGUGGAGCAAUUCAGCUGGCAAAUAAUGGCACAGAUGGAUUGCAGACUCUAACCAUGACCAAUGCAGCAGCUGCACAGCCUGGAACCACCAUCUUGCAGUAUGCCCAGACCAGUGAUGGUCAACAGAUACUGGUGCCCAGCAAUCAAGUGGUGGUACAAUCUGCUUCUGGAGAUGUUCAGGCCUAUCAAAUCCGCACUGCACCCACCAGCACUAUUGCCCCAGGUGUGGUCAUGGCCUCCUCCCCUGCCCUGCCAAGCCAAGGAGGUGCUGAAGUGGCCACACGCAAAAGGGAGGUUCGUCUCAUGAAGAACAGAGAGGCUGCACGUGAGUGCCGUCGGAAAAAGAAGGAAUAUGUCAAGUGUCUGGAGAACCGUGUGGCCGUUUUGGAGAACCAGAACAAAACACUUAUCGAGGAACUCAAAGCUCUCAAAGACCUGUACUGUCACAAAUCAGAGUGAUAACUGUUUCCUUUCAUUCUGAUGGACUUGUGUGUACAGAGACUAAAGGGCAAGUCAGCCAGAUGCGGACGCAUGUUUUCUAAAUGUUUUCAUAUUUUACAUUGCUGCAGAUUGCCUGUAUGAACACACAAAUACGUGAGGGAACAGAACAAAAGCCCUCCUUGCCAAAAAAAUCUCUUUUAGAUUUAUUGGAUCAUGUCAGUAAAGACAGAUAAAUGCUGAAAACUUGGUUGUGGACUUAAAAACACAAGUACGUUCCAGCCAUCUUUACUCCUGAACUCAAACCACGACUUGGAGGAGGUUUGUGGGGCAACUUUUAAUAGAGGUUUUAAAGGAUGAAAAGGAACAUGAUUUAACUGAAAUCUCUAUAAUAGGUAUAAAUCAUUGUGCAAGAUUUUCGCUUCACUAAGAAUGGAGUUAGCAUCAUUCCCUGUUGAAAUUCAAAAGGAUUAACGUGUCUGACUGUUACUUUUAUUUUGUGGAUUGUGCUCUUUUGUUUUAAUUUCAUGUUUUAUCUAUAAUUAUCAACAAGCUUUCAAAACUAUAUAAAAGUAUGAACAUUGAUUUAGAGAAUAUAUGUCAUUUAUUAACUGGUAUAUUAGUGUUGUAUACAAAACAUGAUUAUAGAAUGUAUAUUUUGAUUUUGAACAAUUUUGCUCAUUUUAGAUGUCAAACUGAAAAUUUGCCAACUAAUUUAAUUACUAACCAUCCUGCCAUUGCAGUAGCAACAGUUGCACAACCACAGUGGAAAGUGGUUAUUGUAUAUGUGCCAUUUGGUCACUGACACAAAAAAUAUAUAACGGUUACAAACAGGAAUUUCACACACCAACAUAAAUUAGCUUUUUUAUGACUCUUAUCAGGUUGAGACAUUUCUUCAGCUUUAUGUUGAAUGAAUUUGGCAGAUCACUUUUGUGUUAUCCUUUGUAUAUCGUAGAACUAUUGGAUGGAAUAAUGCAUUCUAUCUCUGGCAUUACUAGGCCAAAGCAUGUUUAUAAACAUUACAUUAUUGAUUUUUUUUUUAUUGUGAUAUGGUAAAUUUUUCCAUUUCAUGACUACAAAUAUCACUACAAAUUGAUGUCUUUGUAUUUGAUAAUGUGAUCACAUAUGUAAAGAAUACAUGUGACUAGUCUUAUUAUGGCAUAAGCAUUUUGGCAGCUAUUUCAUAAAAAAAGACAUUUACAAAUGAUUUCUCUUUGUUUCUUUUCGUCCUUAAUUUGUUUGUCCAAGCUUUUUUAUUUCACUAAAUGUUGGCCUUUUAUUAACAUUUGACUUUUACAAGUUGCCUCAGUUAACACACAAUAUUUCAGUCCUGUCUUUGAACUUGGUGGAGGAUUCAAAAGUUUAAAUAGCAAUGCUGUUUAACAGCAAAGGGAUAACACUUUCACUGACUUUUGACUGGAAUAUGACAUUUUGCUGUAUUUUCUGCACUGAGGACUGAAGACUAGUAAAUGAUAAGUUUGCAUAUUACAUAAUAAAAAUGCCUGUUAACAAUUCCAAGACAAAUUGCUUUGUAAUGAAAUGUAAUUUUGUCAUCUUUCCUGUCUAUAAUGUCAUUUACGUGCCCAACUCCAGCAUGACAAAUUAGAGAAGCAAUCUCUCCACAGCACAAACUCAGCCCAGGUCUGCACUUUAGCUGUGCUUCUACAAGCUGACACCACCUGCACACUGAACCUGAUUUACUUUGCAAAACCGAUUAUUUUCUGAAACGAGAACUCCUAAUUCUGAAUUGGCUCAUUUAAAACUGUUCAUGAAUGUAUUUGUCUCAACUUUUUGUAUGAUAGCGUUCACCUUUUGGACACUAUUUACAGUGAUGGUAUGGUUUUAUAGUGUUUGAAAAGUCUAGAUAUGUAUUGUUUAUACUCUUGUGUUACACAACUUACAUUUUUAAAAGCUUUGCACUCUAUAACUAUCAUUACAGUUGUGUAUACUUGUU